CUCACUCACUCACUCGCCACCGCUUAUCUCUCUCGCUCUUUUCCCCACACGACAGCACAACAGCUCUGUCUCUCUCUCUCUCGAAACCCUAACCCCACCCCAAGGUACUGCGAUGAAAGGAGCGAAAUCGAAGGCCGACACGUCGAAGAAAGCAGACAGCAAGCUUUCUGUGAAGAGGAAAGGAAGCGAUCGAGCCAGCAAAAAGCCGUUGAAGAAGGAGAAGACUGGGAAGGACCCGAACAAGCCGAAAAGGCCAGCGAGCGCCUUUUUCAUCUUCAUGGAGGAGUUUCGGAAGCAGUUCAAGGAGAAAAACCCUAACAACAAAUCCGUAUCUGCUGUCGGCAAAGCAGCUGGGGAUAAAUGGAAAUCAAUGUCGCAAGAUGAAAAAGCUCCUUAUAUCGCCAAGCAAGAGAAGAGGAAGACCGAGUACAAGAAGGUCAUGGCUUCCUAUAACAAGAAGCAGGCAGAGGCGCAAAACGAACCUGAAGACGAAGAGGAAGAAGAGGAGUCUGACAAGUCGAAAUCUGAGGUGAAUGAUGAGGACGAUGAGGAGGAGGAGAGUGGAGAGGAAGAGGAUGAUGAGUAGGAAGGCAGGCGAUGGAAGAAACCUUGGAAAAUGUAAGUUUUUUUUAGCCUUUUGGAAGAUUCAGACAUGGAGGUUUCUGAGGUCUACCGGUUCAUGUGAUCAUGCAAAAAAAGAUGAAGGAUGAUUUGAAUAGUUCUUUUUUGCACAGUCUAGUGAAGAAUUUCACGGUUAUAUCUUGGCUGCACAUCGCCUUUACCUGUACUUAACUUUUGCUUCAAAGUUUAACUUCUCAGUUGUAGUUA